AUGUGUUUGCUUCUGCACCCAGCUUGACUGCUGUAGAGUGGUUGGGGUUGGUCAGUGUUGACAGAAGGGCAACAUGAGACGCUUCUCUGCCCCGAUCAUGCAAGCAUGGGAAUAUUUGUUGGAAAAAUCAGUUUGACACUUUCACAGAAAAGAAACAUGUGGAGGACUCUGAUAUUCUCACUGGUGGUUGCGCUGGUGCUGGGAACAAACGUGUCUCAGCCUGAGGACGAGCCCUCUGCAGGGGUCAAGGAUGAGCUUCAGGAGAAUUUCAACGACAUAUCCACAAUCUGGGGAGCUUCCAGACCGCAGAUCCUCGCUGCUCAGUUCGAGUGUUACCUCAAAAUCAUCCACGAACCACAACAUCUAGAAGGGACCUACUGUAACCGUACGUGGGACGGCUGGCUGUGCUGGGGGGACUCGGCUCCAGGGACUAACGUGCAGAUGUGCCCGUCAUACUAUAUGGACUUUGACCCCAGUGAGAAGGUUACCAAGGUGUGUAACCCCGACGGCCAGUGGUUCCACCAUCCAGAAAGCAAGCGGAUCUGGUCUAACUACACCCAGUGUUCAAUCCACACUAAUGGAAAAUUCAAGUUUGCCAUCAGUCUCUACUACCUGGCCAUGGUGGGUAAUGGCCUUUCUAUUGUUUCCCUGAUCAUCUGUCUGAUCAUCUUCUCCUACUUUAAGAGUCUUAGCUGCCAGCGAAUCUCUCUGCACAAGAACAUGUUCCUCUCCUUCAUACUGAACUCCAUUGUCACUAUAAUGUGGCUCUCGCUUACAGUGGAUCGCACCGGCGCCGUGAACACCAGCAACCCUGUGAGCUGUAAAUUCCUGGUUGUGCUGAAUCAGUAUACGUCUGCCUCCAAUUAUUUCUGGAUGCUAUGCGAAGGCAUAUACCUCCACACACUCAUCAUAGUGGCCGUCUUUGUUGGGGAACAGCAGCUCUUCUGGUACUACGUCCUCGGAUGGGGGUUUCCCAUAGUCCCUGCUGUCAUUUACGCUGUGGCUCGAGGGCUCUUCUACAAUGACAUGUGCUGGGUCAGUUCAAACACCCAUUUGCUUUACAUCAUCCAUGGGCCCAUUCAAGCUGCACUGCUUGUGAACCUCUUCUUUCUCCUCAACAUCGUCCGAGUCCUGGUCACCAAGCUGAGGGAGACCCACUGCGCCGAGUCCCUGGCCUACAUGAAAGCAGUGAGAGCCACCCUCAUCCUCAUCCCUCUGCUGGGAAUCCAGUACAUCCUCUUCCCCUGGAUGCCCCAGGAGCGCAUUAGCCGUUGCAUUUACGAAUUCUUUAUGAACAUCUUCUCCCAUUUUCAGGGCCUCCUGGUGGCUAUUAUAUUCUGUUUCUGCAAUGCUGAGGCCCAAACAGCCCUGAAGAGGAAGUGGGCUCAGUGGGAAUCUGCGUGGGGUAAAACUGGCUUGGGACAAACCCCCGUCUCCAACAACCACUUCAACUAUCACAACAACUCCUCCAUCACCGAAAGCAGCCGCGCCACCAUCAGCUUGGAGCAUCCUGCUUCGCCUGCUGCGCCUCCCGGACACAGUGAAAACUGCUUCUUCCCGACUAAGCACUGCAAAGAGAACGGGGAGCAGAACAACGGCAACGUGCGCAGCAACGGAGAGGUGGACAACAACAUGGAGGCCACCGACAUCUGACCGCGCAGCGAUGGGGGCGGUGGUGACAGAGCAGAGGGUGCAGCUGAGCGUUCUGGGGCAGUGCAUCUGGACUCACGUGGACUGAUGAUAAGAAAUAUUUAUACUGUAUAAAAGUUUCAUCCUGUAACCAGACUGUACUGUGGUACUGGCCUUUGUCUACAUGCUUUCUUUUUCUGGAAUCAAACCGGCUUCUGUAUUUCAUUUAAUGUUUGUUUUUCCGUUGGUGAAGAACGUUGAGAAUCCCAAAACUCCCACCUUUUUUUGUGUUUGUGCAUUUUGUUGACUUAUAAAGUCUCUGGGUUAUAAAGUUUAUACUGGCUCCUUAUACAGAUUUAUUUUAUAAGUCUGUUUUAAGUCAUUAGUUUAAGGCAAAUCAAGUGCUCUCAGUGAAAUAGAGAAUUAUCUAUGUGAUAAGGGCUCCUGACGUUCAUGCUUCAUAAACACAGCUCGCGCUCAGCAGAAAAUAUAGCAGGUCCAGUCUGUGUGGGACGUAAUUCAACCCAGUGCACUUCUUGGAACUGUAUUAUGUCUGGCACAUUAUCGAUCACGCCUCUUCCAAUUCAGACUGCGAGCUGUAAGUGCUGAAGGCCGGGACAUCAUAGUCAAGUAAUGAUUUCACUCUCGUAGACGUAAGCAGUAAACACUCAUAUAAGGAUAAGGAAACAGUGAACAGUACUGUACUGUGAGUGAACAAAGUACUUAGGGUGUGUAAACAUGUGCUUGUGUUUUAUGACAUAACCCUAAUUUUUAAUGAAGCUUAAAUAAAGCACAGGGCAAUGUAACACCAUAGGGAAAUGCUUCAGCAGACAUCACUGUACUAAAAUUGUGUAAAAAUCAUCUACAAUUUGCUGGUAGUAGAGAUUUAAAUUCUGCUAUUGCUUUGCUAAGAAUGUACACUACAACACUAUUAUUGUUGUUUGCUUGUAAACUUUUAUAUUAAUAUUAAUCAAGCUUUUGAAUUUUGUUUUGCUGUAUUAUUGUUGCCAGAUUCCUUUCAUCUAAUGCAAUUUAUCUAAUUUAAUACAACUUCACCUACAUGUGUACCAUCCUUUAUUCAUACUGACAGGCUCCAGCAUCUGUAUUUAUUCUACAAGUCUUAUGCUUCGAGCUUCAGCCAGCGUUAAGAACACAUCAGGAGUCCUUGUGUUCCAGUGUGGAUACAGCCAGGCUCACGCAUGGGAAGUCAUCUACACCUGUAGAAGGUGGGGACUGCUUUUGUCCAGAGGUCUAGUCUAGUCCUGCACGUUAAUCACAAUGGGCACAUUCUCAGAACACUUGAGGAACAUUCCAAUAAUACUAAUAAAGACAUGUUCAAUUGACGCGUAUUAUUGUAUAUACAUCUUUUUUUUUAAGCUGCCCAAUUUGCAUGGAAAGAAAGCUGCUUAGAGUUCAUUACAGACAGAGCUAAUGAAUAACAUACUAAGAGCAUUAUUUGUAGUUCAGUCACAUGUAUGUUUAUUGCUCUGCUCUUUUACAUUUUUCUUUAGUGGAUUUUUUAUGUAUAAAAAAGAUACACAUAAAGAAGAGGUUCCAAUGAGAUUAUGGUGCUAACCAUUACAUAAUGAACCCACAUGGAAAGCAUCAGCUCUGUUACAAAAUUGAUAAGGUAUACGUUUAUAGCAAAUAAACUUUAUCAAAGGCACACAAUUCGUACAUUUAUACACAGUAACAGAAGUAGUUAUGUUAAUUGAAACGCCCCCUGGUGGCGGAUAUCUAUCUAUACAUCUACUGUGCAUCUGUAUUGGCUAUAUAGAGAUAAAUAUCUCUAAAAGUAUUUCUAUUGGUUAUUGAGAAGAAUAUAAAUAAUUUUGAAUGUGCCACUUUUUUGUUGAAAUGUUAAUCCUGCUUAAUAUUAUUUUUUUCCAGUGAUGCCUUUUGUAAAUCUUGUCUUUUGGAGGAAGCCUGUGUCAUUUCCGGUCCAAAAACAACUUGCUGGUUGAAUAAAAGUAUUCAUUUUCAGACAUUA